AUGUUAGUUGAUUUAUCUAAUUCAUAUCCAAUUUUCAAUAAUGAAUUAGUUUUUAUUAAACAAUAUGUCGAGAAAUUAUAUUUGAAUAAUAGAAAUUCAUCGAUUGAGAAAAAACGAAAAGAUUAUGAAUUAAUAUUAAGUUUUCUAUAUCAAGAAUUAAAUAAAAAAUCUAAAUUUGUUCAAGAAACCUAUGAAAUGUUUUAUGAUUAUUGCAAAACAACAGAAUUAUCUCCUUCAUCAAAUCGAAAUAUAAUUAAUUUAAUGAAACUUAUUACUAUAGUUCAUCGAGAUAGUGUAAAUACCAGUGAAGCAAACAUAGACCAUGCACAAUUUCAAGUCAUUUUAUUUCAUACACUAUUUCAAAAAGAAAAUCCAUUAGGAAUUAUUAAUGAUCGAUUAAUCGAUUUCUUAGAUUAG